AUGGCGGAAGCUUACGUAAAAGCACCAGAGACACUGGAAAUUUAUCGUGGGAACCUAGCGCAUUCUUGGGAUAAAUGGAAGAGGAAAUUUAGUAUAUACAUACAGGCCACUGGUUCUACAUCGAAGCCUAACGAACAGAAGAUAGGAUUACUGCUACACAGCAUAGGAGAUCAAGGCAUCGAAAUAUAUACAAACUUUGUGUUUUCGGUCGAUGAAUCUCGAAAGAGCCAUGACGACGUGAUUCGAAAAUACGAUGAACAUUUCACUAAAAGAGAUCCACAGUUAAUGCUGAGAGAGAGAUACUGGCUACAUCUAAAAAGAGAGCCAGGGCAUUUUUUAGAUGCAUGGUUUAACACUGUGAGAGAAAGAGCCAGCGAGUGCAAAUUCCCAGAACAAUUUCACGAGCAAGCCAUACGUGACAAUCUAACAUUUUCAUGCGCUGACGAUGGUGCUAAGCUGAAGCUCUAUGACCAAGGUGCUAGGCUGUCAUUAGAGAAAGCAUUCCAAGUACUGUCAAUGAGAGAAGCUACAAGUCAGGAGCUAAAAGAAUCUAAAACAGCUAGUAUUGAAGCUGUCAGAUACCAGCCCCCACGAGUGUCGCAGAAGACACCGUGGAGGAAAGGAAAUAUCUAUGACAAAAUACGCAAGAAUACUCCACAGCAAGGGGUGAGGUGUGGUUACUGUGACAGGAGCCAUCCCUUUGGAAAGCGUAACUGCCCGGCGGCCAACCAUAAGUGUAGGAAGUGCACAAAGACAGGCCACUUCGAGGCGAUCUGCAAAAGUAGUGGACAGAUGCAGGUCAGACAGAUAGAAGGUGAGAGACACCAUGAUAAACAGCCAUCACACACAUUCGGGGGAGGUGUGAGAGAAGAAAUUACAUCUGAUCCCGGAUGGCACAUCAAGCUCACUGCUGGUAUAGAGGAGUUGAUAUGGUGUAUUGACACAGGCGCUCAGGUGUCAGUAAUGCCAGAGAAAGCGUACCAUCAUUCCUUCGGCGAGCUGUCAAUGCCUGACAAGGAAUUAGUCGGGGCAGGAGACAAGCGACUAAACAUAGUCGGGUGUGCCGACAUGAGUUUAUGUCAUGGGAAUACCCAGGUGAAAAAGAGUGUGGUUAGAGGUGCAUCCAAGCUACUACUGGGCGUUCCAGCCAUAAGGAGCUUGGGCCUGAUUCACCACAUCCUCGGCACAUGCACCGUCAGGGCGAUUGAUGCCAAGGCACCAGUACUCCCGCUACGGACGAAGACAGAAGUGAUGGAGGCAUACCCGAUGCUUUUCACCGGGCUAGGACGACUCGAAGGAGAGCAUGCCAUACGCCUUAAAGAAGGGGUCAAGCCGUUCUGUCUUACGACAACACGUAGGGUUGCGCUUCCCUUACUCAAGAAGGUGCAGAGGAAGAUUAAUUGCCUUGUAAAGCUAGAUGUAGUAGAGUCAGUAGAUGAACCAACUGACUGGUGUGCACCGAUCGUUGUUGUCCCUAAACGAAGUGGAGAUGUCAGGAUGUGCGUCGAUCGGACCAGGCUCAAUGAAGCGGUACAGAAAGAAUUAUACCCGAUGCCUACGGUAGAGUGCACGCUUGGCAAAAUAGCAGAAGGUAUGGUGUAUUCGAAGCUAGAUGCGAACUCGGGGUUCCAUCAGGUAGCCUUGAACCAGGAGAGUCGCAAGCUAACGAGGUUUAUAACGCCAUUUGGGAGAUUCCUGUACAAGCGUCUUCCAUAUGGUAUUACGUCCGCACCGGAGUACUACCAGAAAAGGAUGGAUCAGAUCCUGAAAGACUUACCCAGAGUGAUAUGUCAUGUGGAUGACAUACUCGUGACAGAGCGCAACCAAAUAGAGCACAACGAGCGACUGAGGGCAGUCUUAGAUCGGCUGCAGCAGGCAGGCCUAACCCUCAAUCCCGACAAGUGUGUGUUCUCAUUGGCUAGUCUGGACUAUCUGGGUCAAAUAGUCGACGGUCAAGGAAUCCGGAAAGAUCCGGCAAAGAGCAAGGCUAUUGUUGACUUUCGUGAGCCACAGGAUGUCAAUGAACUCAGAAGAUUCCUUGGCAUGGCUAACCAGCUGACGAAGUUUUGCCUGCACAUGGCUGAAAGUACUAAACCACUACGAGAUCUUCUUAAGAAGAGUGCUGCAUGGUUAUGGGGUCCAGCACAAACAGCUGCGUUCAAGGAUGUCAAGGAGGAACUGGUUUCUGAGCGAAUACUGGCCAUGUACAAUCCAGAGCGAGAGACAGUCGUAUCAGCUGAUGCGAGAAGUUUCGGGUUGGGAGCUGUGCUUCUUCAGAGACAAGCAUCUGGUGAACUGCGACCAGUAGCAUACGCCAGCAGGUAA